CUCUACACCACCCACACCCCCAGUUCUCGUGUCGACUCGUCUCGUGCCAUCUCUUUCAUUGGUUUAAAAUCUGUGGAUGCAUUGUAUCCUCAGGCUGCCUCCACUCCGUGCGGAAGCCUACCAUUUUAUUUGAUGGACCCAUUCAAACAUGCUCGUCGCCGGGAGCAGGUGAGAAAGGCUCAGAAGACGCAUCGAGAGCGCAGGGCUUCAUACAUCAAAACGAUCGAAGCGGAACUCAGCAGAUUACGAGCCAACGAUGCCGCGCAUUAUGCCGAUCUUGCCGCCCUGAAAGACACGAUCAGUCAAUUGAAGGAUCUGCUCCGACAGCACGAUAUUCCUUUGCCACCGGAUUUGGCAUCAAGCCCACGGUUGUCGAGCCCCCUUGUCACAGUUGAAAUCCACACAUCCACAGACCAAACCCAUGAAAUUCGUACUAACUUCCCGCCUAAUUACUCGAGCACGUAUGAGACGGAGGAUAUAUUGCCCUGGACCACCCCCAGCGCCCCCUCGAGUAGCGCCACCGUGACCGAUUCGGAUGCCAACACGUCGACGGCGCAUGACUUUUCUGCUGGAGAAGAGUCUUCUUCCACUUUAGCCGCUGCGACCUCCAAUAUGCCCGUACCCGUCGCCCAUCCCCAAGGCCUGGGCGCCACCCAGGUGGGAAUUGACUUUGUCCUGGCGCUCGAACACAUCUGUAUCAUUCACCACACCUUCCAUGAAGGCGGAGAGCGCGACUUCAGCGGCCACGAGAUGAUGCUGUUAAGCCCCAUCAUGUCUCGAUCGCCGGCGCCUCCGGUCCAACACACGACUCCAUCCGGAUCCUGUUGUCCUGACGGCACUUCCUGGCAGGUCCCGGCCAUCGAACUCGAAAGACUUCUCGAGUGUGCCGACCGGCUCAGUCUCGACGGUGAAAUCACCCCGGUUGAGAUCUGGUGGCGCAUCCGUCGCCAUCCCAAUUUCCCCUCCCUGACCCGCGAUGGUCUGGAGGCCCUGAAGGUCCUGUUGAUUCCUGAGGUCGAUUGCUAUCACUUUGGAGCCAUCGUUAAUGAGGAGAGAUUCGAGGACCUGCUCCGACAAGUGUUGGGCGGAUCAAGCCAGGAGAAUUGAAUGUCGUUCAAAAGAAUUCGAUACAACAAGAAGUUAAUCAUCACUUGGCAUUGUGUGUCGUGAUGAUAAGGGGCAAAGAGAAGUGGGAAAGAUAUGAUCAUACUUAGAAUUCAGUGCUUCUACUAAUCCCAGAUGAC